AUGGCUUAUCCGUGGGUUGAUCCGACCGAUGAGGAAUUAAUGAGCUACCUUAAGAACAAGGUGCAGGGACUUGUAUCCGACAGGGGAUCCAAGGUCAAAAUUAUCGAAAUAGACAUGUAUGGCGAGGGCGAACACAGGAGUGGAAUUCCGGCCGGCCGGGACUUGUUCUUUCCCAAAGAGAAAGACAUUGGACGUUUUGGAUGGAUGGAUGUGGAGGAUCCAACCAAACCCGGGUAUGCCUUGCCAGACCAGAGUAACUUUCUUUAUGUGUUCACCAAACAUGAUGAUUCUACUCCAAAAGUGGUGGCUGGAUGUAGAACAUGGCACCCAAGCACUGAAAAAGAGGCUGUCCAUGAUCCUGCUGCUGCUGGGACGACGUCAAUCCCGAUCGGGUACAAGAGGUCGUUCACAUUCAAAUGGCUUCCGCACCAUCAAAAAUCAAUCCUGAGGAAGUGGAAAUGGACUAUGGUCGAGUACAACAUCAAUCCAUCUGCUCAUGGGAUUACUGCCGUUGGUGGCUAUUACGUGCUCUGGAAAUUAGUUAGGUGCAAUGAAAACUACAUCCUCCUCGACAAUGACAGCUACCACGGCAGCGACAGCGACAGUGGCAGCGAGAGCAACAGCCACAGCCACGGUGCACGUGUCCGAUGGGGCGCUCCUCCACUUGAUGAUCAACGCAAUGAAAAGGACAAAAUCCAUGACAAAUUGUCCCUCGACUUUUGUUAUAAGGACCCUGACCACCAGGUUAAAGAACAAUUUGCUCCAUGUAUUAGCGAAUCUUAG